AUGGACUUCGCACCCUCCCAGUCAGCCGAAGAGGCUGUCCGUGCCUCUGCAAAGAGAGCCACCGACCUCUUCGGCUCAGAGUACCUAAUGGUCACGCCCUCCAUCACGACAGACGGUUCGAUCGGCUUCUCCUACCGACGAAAGGCAGAAUACGAGCACGUGAAGGAAUUACCCCCAGUCCUCGCCGCGAAGCAAGCAGCCGCAGCAAGCAGCCGCAGCAAGCGUCCCAAGAUCCAAUCCGCGCAGCAAGCCCAAGGCUCCGGAGACAAGAGCGGAGCAUCAAUGCCGCUCGUCAAGCGACCACCGCCGGGAGCAGGAGGCGCCGGUCUAGCAGGAGGCAGCGAGUAUCAGCCAAAGAGUCUGAUCGCCAGACCCUCAGCAACCAAGCAACAAUCGCCAGAUUGGCACGCGCCGUGGAAACUGAUGCGCGUGAUUUCCGGCCAUCUGGGCUGGGUGCGGGCACUGGCGGUCGAGCCGAAUAACCAAUGGUUCGCAAGUGGAGCAGGCGAUCGCACGAUCAAAAUCUGGAAUAUGGCGACUGGAAACCUCCGACUCACCCUGACGGGCCAUAUCUCGACGGUGCGCGGACUGGCGGUGUCGCCGCGACACCCGUAUCUGUUUUCGUGCGGAGAGGAUAAGAUGGUGAAAUGUUGGGAUUUGGAGACAAACAAGGUUAUCCGCCACUACCACGGCCAUUUGAGUGGUGUUUACACGCUUGCUUUGCACCCGAAUCUCGACCUGCUCGUGACGGGUGGUCGGGACGGCGUGUGCCGUGUCUGGGACAUGCGAACUCGAAGCAACGUCCACGUUCUGGCGGGCCAUAAGGGCACAGUCGCGGAUAUCAAGUGUCAGGAAGCGGAUCCGCAGAUCAUUUCCGGCUCUCUGGAUGCGACCGUGCGGUUGUGGGAUCUUGCAGCUGGAAAAUCGAUGAGCGUAUUGACGCACAACAAGAAGGGUUAUCAAGCAGUGGAAGUGUCCCGAGGAGCGUUCAUACAGAACUUCGACGGCCAAAACGCCGUCAUCAACUCGCUGGCGGUCAAUGAUGAAAAUGUCAUAUUCUCCGGCGGUGACAAUGGCUCCAUGUGCUUCUGGGACUGGAAGACUGCACAUCAAUUCCAAUCUAUCGAUACGAUGGCCCAGCCUGGUUCCCUCGAUGCUGAGGCGGGUAUCAUGGCGUCGACAUUCGAUAGGACCGGUCUUCGUCUCAUCACCGGCGAGGCGGAUAAGGCUAUCAAGGUGUGGAAGCAGGAUGAAAAUGCCACACCUGAGACUCACCCUGUCGCCUGGGCUCCUAUUUUAGGUCGAACCCGGUAUUAG